GCGCCGGCGAUGCGUUCGACAGGGCGAGUGUACGUCCUCACGGAUCGCUUGUAAUACGAAGCGUGCAUCCGCCGCCUCCACAGCCACAGCUUUUAUCAGGCCCCGACGCCGCUAACCCGCGGUUGAUAAAUUUCAUUACAAGUUUCCAACGAGGGUAUCCACGGGGAAAAUUUCAACAGCACCUGAGGCGGAAAAAACCAUGUGAAAAAUGAUCGUACUCUCGAAGACACCGUCGAAGAAAAUCUUUCACUCGACGCUGGAAAUGCUGUCGCUGGACAAGGACGUAGCGUCCACCUUUCAGCCGAAAGCUACGGAAAGUGUCGCAGCUAGACAACAAACAUUCGAUGGCGCGUUCAACGGGCAAGAGUACUUCUACCCGUUGAUCAUCGCCUCGAUUGGAUUGACCGUGUUUCUGGUGACUGUCGCUGUCGUCCUGGUGCGGAAACAUCGCAUCAAGCGGGAGGAUAGCGCCAACAAAGCCAGCAGCAUAUUGGUUUAUCCAUCGCAACAAGGAUCUCUCCAACCGCAAUUCUUGACUAAGGAAAUUCACUUCAGUUUACCGCCAUUGAGGAGUACUUCGUUGGGAGAUCUGCAUGAGACCGAACAGGACUCUGAUGUUGACAUUGAAACUGAAUCUCUGUUGCCAACUACUCAACAUAACCAAAGAUCACAUUCUUUCAGUUGCUAUGGCCUAGGAGUAAUUGAACCAGCUCUAUACAAGAAUACCCUGGACUUGGAUGAUAUUCAAUGGCCGGAUGGACAUAUUGGACGAAUCUGGUUCUCCUUACGAUACGAACCAUCAACUGAAAAACUUCUGGUAUCCCUGCUAAAGGCCAAGAACUUACCAUCAAGAACCCUGGGAACUGUCAACAGUUGUGAUCCAUAUGUCAGAUUGCACUUGAUGCCAGAUGAAAGACGAUACUUACAGUCAAAGCAAAAAAAGAAGACCUGCAAUCCAUACUUUGAUGAAACACUGGUCUUUCAUGUGUCUCCGAAAGAUAUGUCCGAUCAUUAUUUGAAGUUAACGGUGAUUGAUGGCGGACGGACCAAGCGGCGUGCUGAAAUCGGCCACGUCACCUAUCUCCUCAAGGAAUUGGAAAUCGGAGACGGGUCUGAACAGCAACUCUUCAAGCUUGACUUGGAAAAGGAAACUACAGAAAUUCGAUCGGAUCUGGGUGAGCUUCUCAUUUCAUUGGUAUAUAAUGAAAACCUGUGUCGUCUGACCGCUACUGUCAUCGAGGCUCGUCGACUCAAGUUUCAGGGUGACAAGCACGAGGCCUACGUCCGCCUGACAUUGAAUCAGCACUACAAGUCGGUGAAGGAGAAGCGGACGCGCGUGGUGCGCAGCGCUCAGGAGUCCGUCGCCACCUUCACCGAGGGCUUCAACUUCAAGCUGACGCCCUCGCAGAUGGACAUCACCAGCCUGGCGUUCCACAUCUUCCAGUCGACGAGUGGUUAUGGUAGGGAUAAAUUGAUUGGCAAAUGCGUGCUGGGAUCGUACAUGUUCGCCAGGGGCAAGGCGCUCAUUCACUGGAAUACCGCGAUGGCGAACUCCAUGGAACAAUCGCAGCAAUGGCACGUGCUUUGCGAAUGAGGAGGCUAGCUCCGAGCAUACAUACAUUUUAGCCAAGUUUUCUCUGUCCUUCAUUAGCGCCAUCGGGCGGAUAGCGAAUCACAUAAUAUUUACCUGUAAGAUAUUCAAACCAAUAUAUACAUGUAGUUUCGGAGACUAUAGCAGACUAUCUACGUAGAACAUUUCAUUUUAUUGAAAAUUUAUUCAAUCGCAGUUUAAAAAUAGAAAAAUUGUUUGAUUCUAGCUUUAUAGAAAUAUAGUGCGCAUAAUUUAGUAUAAUAUAUCCA